AUGCUGCCGCCGGCGCGGUGGCUGCUGCUGCUGCUGCUCGCGGGCCCGGGGCUGGCGUGCGGACCCGGCCGGGGAUUUGGGAAGAGGCGGCACCCCAAGAAGCUGACCCCUUUAGCCUACAAGCAGUUCAUCCCCAACGUGGCCGAGAAGACGCUCGGGGCCAGCGGGCGCUACGAGGGGAAGAUCUCCAGGAACUCGGAGCGGUUUAAGGAGCUCACCCCCAACUACAACCCCGACAUCAUAUUUAAGGACGAGGAGAACACCGGGGCCGACCGGCUGAUGACUCAGAGGUGCAAGGACAAGCUGAACGCCCUGGCCAUCUCCGUGAUGAACCAGUGGCCCGGCGUGAAGCUGCGCGUGACCGAGGGCUGGGACGAGGACGGCCACCACUCGGAGGAGUCGCUGCACUACGAGGGCCGCGCCGUGGACAUCACCACGUCGGACCGCGACCGCAGCAAGUACGGCAUGCUGGCGCGCCUGGCCGUGGAGGCCGGCUUCGACUGGGUGUACUACGAGUCCAAGGCGCACAUCCACUGCUCCGUGAAGGCCGAGAACUCGGUGGCGGCCAAGUCGGGCGGCUGCUUCCCCGGCUCGGCCACGGUGCAGCUGGAGCAGGGCGGCACGAAGCCGGUGCGCGAGCUGCGCCCCGGGGACCGCGUGCUGGCGGCCGACGAGCAGGGCCGGCUGCUCUACAGCGACUUCCUGGCCUUCCUGGACCGCGACGACGGCGCCACCAAGGUCUUCUACGUGAUCGAGACGCGGGAGCCGCGCGAGCGCCUGCUGCUCACCGCCGCGCACCUGCUCUUCGUGGCGCCGCACAACGACUCGGCGGCCGCGGAGCCGGGCGCGCCCGGGGGGCCGGCGGGGCCGGGGGGGCCGGGGGCGCUCUUCGCCAGCCGCGUGCGCCCGGGCCAGCGCGUGUACGUGGUGGCCGAGCGCGGCGGGGGCCGGCGGCUGCUGCCCGCCGCGGUGCACAGCGUGACCACGCGCGAGGCGGCGGGCGCGUACGCGCCGCUCACGGCGCAGGGCACCAUCCUCAUCAACCGGGUGCUGGCGUCGUGCUACGCGGUCAUCGAGGAGCACAGCUGGGCGCACCGCGCCUUCGCGCCCUUCCGCCUGGCGCACGCGCUCCUGGCCGCGCUGGCGCCCGCGCGCUCGGACCGCGGCGCGGGGGGCGCGGGGGGCGCGGGGCGCGGGGCGGCGGGGGCGCGGGGCGCGGCCGAGGCGCCGGCCGCGGGCGUCCACUGGUACUCGCGGCUGCUCUACCGCCUGGGCACCUGGCUGCUGGACGGCGAGGCCCUGCACCCGCUGGGCAUGGCGGGCCCGGCCAGCUGA